AUGAAGUACUACGAACUAGCAGGUCCAGUUGGGAAUUUGGCUGCCGGAAAAACGGCCAUCCAAUCCUCAUUUUACCGCCCUGGCAGAGCCUUCGGACCAGAAUAUGCUGUCGACUCGCGUCGGUACCCAUUCCAAAAUGAACUUGACCCUGGUCUAAAGUCGUGCUCUCACACUGCUUACCUUGGUGAGGAUGAUGAAGAUCACUCCCCGUUCUGGCAGGUUGACCUUGGAUCACGACAUCUGGUAGUGUCUGUCUCUUUCCUUAGCAGGAUCGAUUGUUGUGGUGAACGCAACCAGCGCCUGAACAUCACCGUAGCAGAAACAGCCAAUGGACCGCGAGCUUUGUGUAUGUAUUACCCAGGACCUGCCUUCGUCGGAGAGAUGAAAACAUUUUUCUGUGAGAAACCAUUAUUUGGUCAGUUUGUCAGAAUCUCACGAGACGAGAUUGUUCUGAAUUCAUGUGAGAUCGAGGUGUACGGUUACCCACUGAACUAA